UUCAGUUGGACCCCGUCCGUCGUUGAGUGAAGACCUGCGUCGCUGUCGCCUUGCGUUAUACAACAGAUCAAAAUGGCAAACCGCAACAUCUUCUCCCUGCUGGUGCUGGUGUUGGUGGCAACAAACGUCACCGCGCAGUUCAACAACGAGAUCUCCGAGGGAGGUGGUGGAGGUUACUUCAGCGGCAUCAUGCAGAACGUGUCCGAGAUCUCGGAGAUGGACUGGCAGGGCAUGAUCAGGUCGCUGGUGGAGAACCUCAUGCAGUACUUCGUGGCGCCCUCCACCCGCCGCGGGUCCGCCGGCACCGCCAGAAAUGCCGUCACCGACUUCGAGUCUGAUCUCGUGGUGAACUUCAUCGAGCAGAGCCCCAGGCUCACCCACUACGCGAAGACUCUUCACUCGUACAUCGUAGCGGCCAACCGGUUCAUCAACUAGAGGAGCUCCC